AGUUUGGCUCCAUUUGAAGGGCUCUUUCUGGUAGCCGUGUGUGCUUCUGCCGGGCCACGCAGGGCAGUUGAAGCCGAGAGGAGCGCGGCGGCUGCGGAGGCAGAGAUGGAGCGCGACACGGAGGGCGCCACGGAUGCCACGCUGGUUCAGCGGAUCGUGCAGCCGCUGCUGGAGGGAGAGAAGACCGCCGGGAGGCCGUGCGGGCCGAAGGCUGGUGGCUUCAUCAGUGAAGAACGGUCUGAUGCAAGCUCUUCGUUGAGGGAAGUGCUGCUCUGCGUCGAGUGGGGCUUUCCGGAUGCAAACCAGGACGGCCUCCGGAGGCUCCAUCUUCACGACGAAGGCAGUGACAGCAGCCAGCCUGAUUAUCUCGACGGGUCUUGCCUCGUGUAUGCUGAGGAGCGGCUUCUGGAUGUGGUGGAUUUCCGCGGUGCCCACAGCGCCAACAUGCACGGGUGCCAAGGCCAGAAGGUCAGCACUGCCACGUUCGAGUGGAGCGCCGGGAGGGGCAGCGGCGCUGCCGUCCUGCACUCCGGCGACGUGAUGACUUCGGACGGCGGUACCCACGUCAUCCGAGUACAGGUUGAUGGAUUACCAUCAUCUGCCACCGACGUCUUCUUCAUGAUCAGCGCCUACAACUGCAGGAAUCUGUCCUUCUUCCAGAAGCUUGCAGUACGCCUCUUGGACGGGAGCUGCAGCGCGGAUGAGGGCACCAGGUUGCCGACCCUCUCGGAACUCCGAGCAAUCGAUGCUGGCACUGCGAGCUCUGUUGUGAUGUGCGCCCUUACACGCAGGCUGGACUCGUGGUUCCUGAGAAACUUCACUCGGCCGUGCCAGGCCACGGUGCGCGAUUAUGCGCCGGUUGAGUCGGUGCUUGCGCUGGCGCAGGAAAGACAUUGUCGGUGGCGCCGGCGCCGGCCUUAUGUGCUUUUAUCCGCGAUGUGGCAGCAUGGCCGGGCAACGCUCAAGGGCUACCUGGGAGAUUGUGGUCAUUAUGGAGCGGAGGACUUGGUGGUGCUGCGGCUGAUGAAGCUGCCCACCAUCCUCUUCCAGUGCAUCGUUCAGCUGCUUUGAGGUCAGAGCUUCGAGCCCAGCCGCGGAAGGAGGUGGCCUCCAAAGCGAGUGCUGUUCUGCAUGUGCCCGCAGAGUGCGCUCUCCUCCAGGGUGCAUUCUCUCCGCUCCUCCUCGGGAUUGGCCGUGCCCUGCACGCCUCUUUCGUUGGGGUGCGCGUCUCGUCAUUCACUGUCGCCCUUCUCCUCAGCUGCUUCGCCUGCAUAUUAAGCUGGCCUCGCCGACUCACCCUGUACAAAGCUGGAGCGCAGGCAUCUAGGCCUGCUGCCUGGACCCAGUCGGCUGGUUUGUAGGAUGUUGUUCGUUGCACGCUGCAGAUGGCAGAGGUUGCACGUUACAGAGGGGUUUCGAUGAAACGGUGAGGGCAGACAUUCAGGCGAGUUGUAGGAUCCGCAUUUGAGAUCAAUUGGAGCUGUCGUUUCGCUAGGGAUGCACGGCCUCGAGCUGCAAAGGGCUUGCCUUGUGCUAGACUGUACAUACGCGAACGUUGGCUGCGCUGCACGCGUGGCUCCGCGGGUCCUCGUCCUCGUGGUCGUCCUCGUCCUCGUCCUCGUCCUGAUGUCGGCCAGCUUCUGUCAAUACCGCUCU